UAGAUUUUUAUCUGAAAUGUUUUGGCUGACCAAGCCCACUAUCAGCAUUAACAGCUAUUAUGAGUUUAAAACGUUCCAGAAAAUCCAUCUUGAAAAGUAACUUUUGACACGGUAUAUAAUCAAGUGUUCCCGGAAAUGUUAAUCUUCUACAUUGUUUAUCGUAAACUGAAGUUGAUUAUUAGAAUACAUAAGUGCUCUCUUGGCAAGGAAGAAAGGUAUCCUACAACCAACAAACUCGAAGCGAACUCGAUCCACAUUCGGAUAUUCGCCACUACCCGCCGUGGUAGUGGCGCGCGGUAUCACAACACACAACAAGGCGAGGAUGCGCCGCCGCAUAAAGCGCCCGCGACGCCGCAACUCUCGCGAGUGCUACUGCCGCCGUUGUUGCGGGUGCCGCUGGUUGCUGUGCUACUUUUCGUGCCGCUGCGUGUGCUGCCUACGCGAGGAAGAAUGACGCUGCCCUGGCUGCUGAUAGUGUUGUUUGCUGCCUGCCAGGCUGCACCAGAAUGUAAAAACUGCGUGAUGCUGGGCAAGGAGGAGGUGGCCAUGUUCCGCGCGCACUCGGACGCCUGCCUGGCGCAGUCGGGCGCGGCGCCCGGCCUGGUGGCGCGCCUGCUGCGCGGCGAGCGGGCGGACGCGCCGGCGCUGCGCGCGCACGUGUACUGCGUGCUGCGGAACUGCAAGCUCGUCGGCAAGGACGGCAAGCUACUGAAGAGCUCCGCGCUGGGGAAGUUGGCCACGCGCGCCGACGGCAGGAAUGCUACCAAAGUGCUAGAGAGCUGCGCCGACCAGCAGGGCGACAACCCGGAGGACCUGGCGUGGAACCUGUUCCGCUGCGGCUACGACAAGAAGGCCGUGUUGUUCCAUCACAUGCCCGGCGGCGUGCCCGACAACGAAGCCUUGUAGCGGCGUUGUAGCGCUCGGCUGUAUAGCAGCUGUACUAGGAAGUUACACGUUUAGUUUGCAUCAGUUUAAUCAAUACAUGUUGUGAUAAU